AUCAAAUUCGAAGAAUUCUCAAUACAUUUAAACCCAAAAAUCUAUUAAGAUCCGAUUUGAAUACAUGCCACAAAUCAGUCCAGAUUCGGAGAAUCUGGUCGGGUUUGAUUCGGAAAAUAGCUUAUAAGUUAUAACAAACCGAUCCCGAGUCCCGACCCUGACUUUUAGCUUUUGUGCCUUAUAAGUUGAGAGGCUAACCGGAGUUGUCACAAGAGAUGGAGUUCUCAACACCAGACAACAAAAAACCUCAUGCAGUGUGCAUCCCAUUUCCUGCUCAGGGUCACAUAAAUCCUAUGCUCAAACUAGCUACUCUGCUUCACCACAAAGGCUUUCACGUAACAUUUGUCAACACUGAGUUCAACCAAAAACGCCUGUUAAACUCAAGAGGCCCUCACUCUCUUGAUGGCUUGCCUGACUUUUGCUUCGAAGCAAUCCCUGAUGGCCUAUCUCCAUUCGAUGAAAAUGAAAAUGCCACACAGUCGCCCGAAGCCUUGUUCUCAUCGAUACCAAAGAGUUGCUUAUCCCCAUUGCGCCAGCUGCUGGAGAAGCUGAAUGGGAAAUCGGGUUCUAGGCCGCCAGUGAGUUGUGUGAUAGCGGAUGCCAUCAUGAGCUUUGCUACCAUAGCCGCCAGAGAGAUUGGCGUUCCUUGUGUGUGUUUUAGGACAUCGCCUGGUAUGGUUUACUUGUUGACUCUGCACUACAGGAAACUUGUGGAAAAAGGCCUUUUACCAAUGAAAGGAGAUGGAAGUUCUUUGAAUGAUCAGCUGAACACCACUAUAAAUUGGAUUCCUGGAAUAAAAGGCAUUCAAAUAAAAGAUUUUCCGAGUUUCCUCCAGACAGCUGAUUCCAAUGAUCACAUGCUUCAGUUUGUCAUUAGUGAAGCAGAAAGAUGCAAGACAACAGCCUCAGCAAUAAUCAUCAACUCGUUCGAUACCCUGGAGUCUGAUGUUUUAUGUGCCCUUUCAUCUAUCUGUCCACCAAUUUAUACCAUUGGCCCUCUUCAGUUGCUAAUCAACAAACUUCCAGAAAAUAAGUUAAAGUCCAUUGGAUCAAACUUAUGGAAAGAAAAUGCAGAAUGUCUGAAGUGGCUUGAUACGAAGCAAACAAAUUCUGUAAUUUAUGUAAGUUAUGGGAGCAUCACAGUGAUGACACCUGAAAAGCUAGUGGAAUUUGCAUGGGGGCUUGCUAGUAGCCACCAAAACUUCUUGUGGAUCGUGAGGCCUGAUCUGGUUGUUGGCGAGGGUGCAAUAUUGCCUGCUGAAUUUCUUGAGGAAACUAAAGACCGAGGGCUUAUAGCCGGAUGGUGUCCACAAGAACAAGUUCUUGAACACCGAGCUGUUGGAGGAUUUUUGACACAUUGUGGAUGGAAUUCAAUGUUGGAAAGCCUAUGUAGUGGCGUCCCGAUGCUUUGUUGGCCAUAUUUUGCUGAUCAAACGACUAACUGCAAGCUGGCUUGCAGUGAAUGGGGCGUUGGCAUAGAGAUUGAUAAGAAUGUCACUAGGGAGGAAGUGGCCAUGCAAGUAAGGGAACUGAUACAAGGAGAGAAAGGCAAGGAACUGAGAAAAAACGCAACGAUGUGGAAGGAAAAGGCAGAGGAGGCAGUUGGAUUAGAUGGUUCAUCAACCUCCAAUCUGGAAAAAUUAGUGAAAGAGGUUUUAUUUUCUGAUCCCUGAAGGUGAAGGUGUGCAUGAACCUUGAUUGUCCAGGAAAAUGUCACUUGCAGCUCCUGAGGGCUAUUGGAUUAACCAAGGCACUCCAUAUGGGAUACUCUGAAAGUCUUUAUUUCAUAUCAGUCUUUAAUUCAUUCGGAUAUUUAGAUAUUUGUACAAUUUUUAUCAUAAUCUCUGUUCCUUUUUAUUAAUUAACAUGAUGAGUUAGAUUAAAUCGAUGACAGAAAAGGUCUAUAUUAAAUCAA